GACGUUCACACUCUUAAUCAGGUUUAACUCCUCUGUGACGUCAUCGUAAGAACUGGGUCUGAGAGGCUCCAGAUGCCGAGUGGACCGCCGCCGGACCGGAUCUCCAGGCCCCUCCGCCCCCCUCGGCCACAAGCACCUUCCUUUAGCGGGGCAGGAGGAGGAGGUGAGCUCCUGCAAACAUGGCGUGCGGGUUCCGGAUGGAAGCAGUCGAACCUCCCAGAACUCUUUGCCGCGCUGCGUCACGAGUUUGAUGAGACAUGAAAGUUCUGAUGGAGAAGAACCGAGCUUCCGGGGAGAAGUUCUCUUUGUCGGGCUUUCGCUCCACCGCCGCCUCUUCUUCAGCCGCCUCAUCCUCAGCCAUGGCGGCCCAGAAGAAGGCGGGAUUUCCACCAGGGCCCGAAGCCGGUCCCACCAAAGCCGAGUUCUUGGAACGGGUGCGCUGCAGUAACCAGGCCUGCCAACAGAAGGACUUUGCUCUGGCGGUGCGUCUCUACACGGAAGCCUUGACCUUAGACCCCCAGAACUGCGUCCUGUACAGCAACCGCUCGGCGGCCCACCUCAGACUGGGUCGGUACAGCUUGGCGCUGGAGGAUGCCAACACAGCGCGAGACCUCAACCCUAAAUGGACCAAGGCAUACUUCCGUCAGGCUGUGGCUCUGCAGUACCUGGGUCGUCAUGGAGACGCACUGGCAGCAUUCGCCUCGGGCCUGGCUCAGGACCCAAAGAGUCUACAGCUGCUGUCGGGCAUGGUCGAGGCCGCCAUGAAGUCCCCGCUCAGAGAGACCCUGAAGCCCACCUACCAGCAGCUCCGCUCCAUGAAGCUGGACAGGAGCCCCUUCAUGGUCGUGUCAGUCAUCGGCCAGGAGCUGCUGACUCAUGGCUUCCAUGUCGCUGCCGCCGCAGCGCUGGAGGCGGCGCUGAAGAUCGGCACAUGCUCGCUGAAGCUGCGCGGCUCCGUCUUCUCGGCCCUCAGCGCCGCGUACUGGUCGCUAGGCAACACGGAGAAGAGCCUGACCUACAUGCAGCAGGACUUGGAGGUGGCCCGCACUCUAGGCGACCAAUCGGGUGAAUGCCGCGCCCAUGGCAAUCUUGGCUCCGCCCUCUUCUCCAAAGGCAGUUAUCGAGAAGCGCUGGCCAAUCACAGGCAGCAACUUGUCCUGUCCAUCAAGCUCAAGGACAAAGAGGCUGCGUCCGACGCCCUCAGCAGUUUGGGCCACGUCUACACAGCCAUCGGCGACUAUCCCAACGCACUCACGAGCCACAAGCAGUGCGUUGCUCUAGCAACACAAAUCGGAUGUCGUCUCUCGGAGGCCCGUCAGCUAGGCAACAUGGGCGCCGUCUACGUCGCACUGGGAGACUUUGCCAGUGCCGUCCAGUGCCACGAGCAGCACUUGGACAUCGCCAAGACUUUGGAGAACCGCCACGAGGAGGCUCGGGCCUACAGCAACCUGGGCAGCGCCUACCACUCUCAGCGGGACUACGACAAGGCCGUCUCCUACCAUACUCGAGUCCUGAAGCUCUCCCAGGAACUGGCGGACCGCACCAUAGAGAUGAGGGCCUUUGCCGGGCUGGGCCACGCGGCUCGAUGCACCCAGGACCUGGAUAGGGCGCUGCAGUACCACCAACACCAGAUGGACAUUGCUGAGGAGCUGCAGGACGUAGCAGCUCAAGGCCGAGCCUCCUCCAACCUGGGCAUCAUCCACCAGUUAAAGGGUGACUAUGAGAAAGCUCUGAAGCUCCACAAGGCUCAUCUGAUCUUCUCCCAGGAGCUGGGUGACUACGCCGCCCAGGGGAGAGCUUACGGCAACAUGGGCAACGCCUACCACGCUCUGGGCCUCUACGACCAAGCUGUGCAUUACCACCGCCAAGAACUGCACAUCUCACUGGAGGUGAAUGACAGACCCUCCCAGGCCUCCACGCAUGGCAACGUGGCAGUGGCCUACCAGGCGCUCGGUGCUCUGGACCGAGCCCUCCAGCACUACCUGCACCACCUGACCAUCUCACGGGAGCUUCAUGAUGCGCAAAGUGAAGCUCGAGCUUUAGCAAACCUGGGCAACUUCCACAGCUUCAGAGGUGAAUACGCUCAGGCUUUACAGUACUACCAGCAGUACUUGGACCUGGCUCCGAGCCUUCAGGACCUGGAGGAAGAGGGCAAAGUUUGCCACAACCUCGGCUAUGCCCACUUCUGCCUGGGACAGUACCGGGACGCUGUCAGAUACUAUGAACAGGAUCUGGCCUUGGCCAAAGACCUGCAGGACAAGCUGGCCCAGACUAAAGCCUACUGUAACCUGGGCCUAGCCCACAAAGCCUUGAGGGAGUUCAGCAGAGCGGAAGAGUGUUACAGACAUCUUCUCUUGCUGGGCCAAGCUUUGGACAAUACACAGGCAAUCUUUCGGGCAUUGGGGAACCUUGGAGAUAUCAACGUUUGUCAGGAGGAUCUAUCAGGAGCGGUCAGCUUCUACCAGCAGCAAUUAUCUCUGGCUCAGGAGAUCACGGAUCAGAAGAUGGAGGCUGAUGCCUACUCUGCUCUAGGAUCAGUUCACAGGAUACUCGGCCAGCUGGACUCUUCCUUGUCCUUCCACAGCCAGGAGCUGACCCUUCGCAAAGAUCUGGGCAACCCUCAGGGAGAGUGCCACGCCUUUGGUCACCUGGCUGCCGUGCACAUGGCCCUGGGAGACUACAACACGACCCUGCAGUGCUAUGAGGCUCAGCUGAGCCUGGUUCAGAAGCUCCACGAUGCCCGUCUGGAGUCCCAGGUCCACGGGAACAUGGGCAUCACCAAGAUGAACAUGGAGCUCUUUGAGGAGGCCAUUGGCUUCUUUGAGCAGCAGCUGGCCACACUGCAACAGCUGAGUGCGAGGGAGAGCGUGUCAGAUCGAGGAAGGGCUUACGGGAACCUGGCUGACUGCUACAACGCCCUGGGGGACUUUGAGGAAGCCAUUCAGUGUUACGACAAGUCCUUGACUGUGGCUCAAAAUCUCAACCAUGUCCAGGACCAGGAAAAAGCCUACAGAGGACUUGGCAAUGCUCACAGGUCUGUGGGCAACCUCCAGCAAGCUUUAGUGUGCUUUGAGAAGAGGCUGGUGGUGGCCCACCAGCUGGGCGGGGCAGCAGGAGGCAAGGCGCAGGCUUACAGCGAGCUGGGCGCUCUGCACAGCCAGCUGGGAAACUACGAGCAGGCCUUGUCCUGCCUGGAACAUCAGCUCAACAUCGCCCGCUCGGCUGGGGAUAAAUCCCUAGAAGCAGAAGCCAGCGAUGCACUUGGCGGCAUUUAUCAGCUGAUAGCCGACUACGCCACAGCUAGACAGUGGCAUCAAAGAGCUUUGGACAUAGCGGAGCAGACGGGCUGCAUGAAGAACCAGGCCAGAGCUUACGGGAACCUGGGCCUGACCUACGAAGCGAUGGGGAACUACGAGAGGGCCCUGGUCUUCCAGGAGCAGCACCUGAGUGUGGCGGCGCAAAACAACAACCUGGCAGCAAAAACGUUGGCUUAUGCGAGCCUGGGAAGGAUCCACCAUGCUCUGCACAACUACACACAGGCUGUCAUGUACCUGCAAGAAGGUCUGCGCCUGGCUGAGCAGUUAGCUCGCAAAGAAGAUGAAGCCAAGAUACGCCAUCGCCUUGGCUUGUCUCUGUGGGCUGCUGGAAACAUGGACGAGGCCCAACACCAGUUGUACAGAGCAUCAGUUCUAUUUGAGACAAUCCGCCACGAGACGCAGCACAGUUCAGACUACAAGCUCUCGCUGUUCGAUCUUCAAACCAGCUCCUACCAGGCUCUCCAGAGAGUCCUUGUCAGCCUGGGCCGCCACGAGGAGGCACUGGCCAUAGCGGAGCAAGGACGGACACGGACCUUCGUGGACCUCCUGGUAGAGCGUCAGAAAGGAGGCCAGCCGUCGGAGGGCUCGGACCCGCACGCCCCCGUCACAGUGGAGCACAUCCUGCAGACCGUCAACUCCCAGAAGGCCAUGGUGCUGUACUUCUCCCUGGCGGGGGGGUUCCUCUACAGUUGGCUCAUGUCUCCUGGCGCAGGUAUCGUCAAGUUCCACCAGGUUUGUCUUGGAGAGGCUGGCGCUGACGCGUCAGUGUUCCAAGAUGGCGGCCUGAGCCCGCAAGGUGGUGGUCCACUUACUCUGGAUCAGUACAUCUUCAACGUCAGAGAGGUUCUGGGUGUUGAUGGACGUCUCAGCAGGCUUCAUCCAGGCAGCGAGACGGAGAGUGAAGCAGGAGAUGUUUUAGAUCAACACUUUGACGAUGUCAAUAUGAAAAUGAGCUCAGACGACGACCCCAGCGGCUACCUGCGCAUGGUGUCACGGAACAACGUCUUUAACAGAAGUUGUCGGAGCGUGAGCAGCCUGAACUCGGCGUCUUCAUUGAAGGAUGGAUCAUCUUCUCCUUCCCGCUGGCUGGGAAUGAAAUCUCCUCUGCGGGCCGCUUACGACUUACUCAUUGCGCCGAUGGAGGCGGCCCUGAUGCACGGUGGAGGGCCUGUGGGCAGACACAGGCAGCUGGUUCUAGUCCUGGAGGGAGACUUGUACCUGGUGCCCUUUGCCUUGCUCAAAGGCAGCUCCUCUAACGAGUAUCUUUAUGAGAUGUUUAGUCUCGUUUGUGUGCCGUCGUUAGUGAGCCUGCAAUGCUCCAUGAAGCCACCCCCACGUCUUGAUGGCUCCUUGUCAUGCUGCGAUGGGGGUUCAGUGGCCGCCGUGGUGGGGGCACCACGCCUGCCUUCCGGCCUGAUGAGGCGCUGGCUAUGGGGGCCGCUACCCUCAGCCCAGGAUGAGGCUCUUUGGCUGGGGGAGCAGCUCGGGUGUCGCCCACUCACUGGAGUCAACGCCACAAAGGAGCGGGUCCUUGCCGCUCUAAUGCGGGCGGAGUGCGUUCACUUGGCCACUCACGUCUCCUGGAAGCUCGCCGCUUUGGUCUUCACCCCCAGCAGGGAACAUACCACCCAGCCAGCGCUGAAAAUGGUGUCAACUGAUGCCGCACACCAAGAUGGAGGCUCGAUCGAGAGAGAUGAGGAGAGCAUCUGUGAGAGUCCGCCGCUUCAAGACUUCCUCCUCACGCCGGCAGACAUCUUGGAGCUCAACCUCAACGUCAAACUGGUGGUCCUCAGGUCGUACCCCGAGUCCAGUGGCAGGGUGACUGCGGACGGUGUGGUGGGCCUGACACGAGCCUUCCUGGCAGCGGGGGUCCAGUGCGUGUGUGUGUCGCUGUGGCCUACACCGGCCGCUGCCUCCAAGCUGUUCAUGCAGACCUUCUACGGAGACCUCCUCAAUGGGACCACAGCCAGCAUCGCUUUGAGUGAGGCCAUGAGGAUGCUGCAGACCUCCAAGAACUUCUCACAUCCUUCUAACUGGGCAGGCUACCUUCUGAUUGGCAGCGACGUCAAAGUGAACAGUCCCAUGUCUCUGGUUCGACAAGCCCUGGCAGAGGUCCUCCAGCACACGGAGAGGGCCAGGGACGCCCUGAGAGUACUCCUACACUUGGUGGAGAAGUCUUUACAGCGUAUUCACAGUGGCCAGUCCAACCCAAUGUACACGUCACAGCAGAGCGUGGACAACAAGGUGGGCGGAGUGCCCGGGUGGCGAUCACUGCUAUCUGCAGUGGGCUUCCGCAUGGACGUAGGCAGCGCCGGUUUCCCUGCGGCCGUGUUCUUCCCCACAUCAGACCCGGGAGAGCGUCUGCAGCAGUGCAGCAUCACCCUGCAGUCCCUGCUCGGACUUGGCCCUGCAGCUCUGCAGGCUCUCUGCAAAUUGGUGACAGCACCUGAAGCUGGAGAGCAGCUCAUACACAAGUUUCACCAAGUGCUGGUGCAGCUGCAGUCAGCUGACAAGGAGCACGACUUCUCAUUGGCUCCCAUCCAAGCGUCCGUCAGCGUGCAACUGUGGAGACUGCCGGGCUGCCAUGAGUUCCUCGCUGCACUCGGUUUUGACCUUUGUGAAGUGGGUCAGGAGGAGGUCAUGCUGAAGACGGGGAAGCAGGCCAGCAGGAGGGUCAUGCACUUUGCCCUUCAGGCUCUGCUGGCUCUCUUUGACUCCACAGAGCUUCCCAAGCGUCUAAGCAUGGACAGCUCUUCCUCUCUGGAGUCCCUCUCUUCCUCGCAGUCGACGCCCCAGCCUCCAUCUUUUCCCACUUCCCUCAGCUGCUCCCCACCUCGGCCCUCCUUCCUGCCUCCGGUUUGCCCUGAUGCGCUGUCUUGUGACGCCAUCUCCGUGUACAGCCUCAGCUCGCUCACCUCCUCCCUCAGCUUCCUAUCACGGCCCGAGCCCGCAGGAAGUGACAUCAUCAGCCUGCGCUCGCAUCCACAAGAGACGGUGGAGGUGGCUCACGGAGGGGCGGGGCUGUGCGCCUCGCACCGCCGACCAGGAGGCCUAGUGAGGCGGUUGACCAAUCACGGCAAAGGAGAGGCGGGCGACGAUAGCUAUGAGGGAUACUCCAUUAUCAGCAGUGAGCCUCUGAGGCAAGGGGGGAUUGAAUGCGACGCUCUGUCGCCGCCUGCAGGGCACCGCCAUGGCAGAGGCGUCGCUGGGGUGGGCUCCAUCGCAGUACCCUCCAGGGGAAGCGUCAGCAUGCCGACGUCUCCAAAGAAAGCUCCUCCACCUCCAGUUCCCACCAAACCCAAACAAGAAGUGAUGGGCAAAGCCAAGAUGAGCAGCUCUGAGUCGGAGCACUCCAGCACGGAGACAGACAGCACCAUCAAGUCCCAGGAGGAGAGACAUGGGCCUGCAGGACAACUGGACCCCCAGGAACUGGCCCGCAAGAUCCUUGAGGAGACCCAGAGCCACAUGAAAGCUGUGGAGAACCUGCAGAGAGCUCAAGGGCGGGCCCCCAGGAGGGACGAGGGGAGGCAGCAUUCUCUUUCCACCCCCACCACUCCGAUUCUCACAAGGGGGGCGCGGACCUUUCAGGCCUCUGAGACCAGCGCCUUCAGCAGACCUCCAAGCAGGGCAAGUCUCACAGCUCUGUCCUCUCCCCGUCCUCUCCGAAGUCCUCUCUCGCCCAAAGCGACCCGGCCCAAGCCGCCAACCCGGUCCUCCUCCCUGCAGAAGCUGGCGCCUUCCUCAUCACCUGUCACUACGUCUCAGCUCAGACUUCAAGACGCUGCCUCACCUUGCGGCACAGGACCCGCCCCCAGCUCAGGAAACACGUUGAAAGCGAAGCUAGAUGGUAACGUUCCUCAGUCAAAAAGCUUCAGGGUGGUCCACAAACAUGAGGGGGCGUGCCCUGCUCGUGUACUUCCUGGUGGGGGGAAGAAAAUGAGCACAGUGCAGAAAGAUGUUCUGGGUUUGUUGAACCUCUCGCCCCGACAGGAUCCACCCGAGUGCGGCAAUGAGGCCAAACCUCCUCCUGCCUCCAAAACUCCAGCAAACACUAAAUUUUCUUCUGGAAAAAACUUCAGGUUCCUAGCAGGACAUUUUUUCCCUUCCUCUAAAUGUUGACAACUUUCAUUUGACAAGUCCUUGUUUGGUUUCUAUGAUGAUGCUGGGAGGACCGAAUGGUCUGAGAAGGUUGAUAGAGUAGAAGGUUUUUCUAAAAUAGCUUGGAGAGGUGUGAUGAGGAUGUGACUUUGGUUCUAACGAAUGUUUGAGUGUCCUAAAGGGGCAGUAAGACAAGAUAGAAUGCUGAAGUUGGACUUUAUAACCUUUUUUAAAAUACAAACUCUUGUAAUGAAGUGUAAUGUGAACUGUACUAUUUCACAUUCAGUCUUUAUACUUGGAUCUAAACUAUUCGACACCUGCUGAGACCACAAUAAAGAUUUCUAUUGAUUUCUA